CAUCUAGGGCUCUAUAAUCCACUGCUGAUUCUUCUGUUGGGAAGCAACUGAGUUCCAGAUCUGGGAUCUCUGGCAACUAAUCUGGAGUCCCGGGACGGUCCACAGCAAGUAGCUGUUUCUAGACUAUUUUAAUCUCGACACGUGGGUGGCCCUGCCGGACAAUGCAAAGGAGAGAGAGAGAUAUAUAGAGACAGAAACACAUCAAAUGAAGUCGUUUGAAGAGGAGGAGGAGGAAGCUAUGGGACUUUCCCAGACACGUGACUUCUUAUUAAGGCCGGACGAAAUAUUUUUCCAGUGCUGAGGGCAGGGUUUACCAUCAAACGAAACUGAAGCUUCCUCAUAAAGGGGAGCCGGACUGCUCCUGGGUCUCUGGCAUCUUCGCAAGAGAGAGCUUCGGCUGAGUGAGAGAGGAAGGGAGCUGUCUCGCCUUUGCAACAGGGAGACAGUUUGCUCCCUUUCUCCGUCUCUCACAGUCCUCCCACCUCAGCAGUAUCUUUUUUUCCCUUUCCUUUCCCUAUACCUAUAUGAAGUUUCUCAGCCUCCCCACGCUCUGCAAUAUGGCUGGUACAGCCUUGGACUUUUCUCCUGAAUUUGAAACGGACGAUUCCAGCCAGAACUCUGAAAAGGAUUACGACGGUGAUCAUAAAAAACUGAGACGACGGGAAAAGAACAGGAUUGCGGCUCAAAAAAGUCGACAGAAGCAGACGCAGAAAGCGGACAGUUUGCAUCAGGAGUAUGAGCAGCUGGAGAGAGAGAACGCCUCGCUGAAGAAGGAAAUCCAGGGCCUGCGCGACGAGCUGAAGCACUGGAAACAAGUGGUUCAGCAGCACGAACCACACUGCUCUAUGCUGUCUGUGAAUGGCACAGCCUUUGUUGGCAAACAGCACGUCAACGUGACAGACUUUCUAGCUGAAGACUGGCAGAAAGCAGAGGUCAUGAUGUACUAGACUGCAGCUCUCUAGAGAGAGUGUUGGGUUGGUGGGGGCUUGGGGUUAGGAUGCAAUAAGGCUAAGAGGGGAGGGGGGGAGGGGAGGGGGUGUUGAGGUUACUGUGUACUUCCAGCAGGUAUCAUCCAGAAGCAGGUGGGCUCCGAAACUCACCCUGACUCCCCUACUUUAAGGUCACGCGUCAAUGACUCCCAACGACGGUGGAGUGAAAUUGCUGGAUCUGGAGCAGACAGACACAUGCGCUGGGAGCAGAAGACGGCCACUCUGCCCCUCGAGCCCGCCCUAUUCCCAGCAGCUUCGUUCGCAGACUCCCCAGAACUCUGGACGGCCAGUGGUGUACAACCAUGGACUGUGCGCUUCUGCUGCCACCGACUGAUAGUUGUGGCUUCAGAGCGAUUUUGUUUCGGGCGAUUUCUGAAGCAGCUUGAGAAUCCCAUGGCAGGAAAGGAGGCAACAUGAAGCAGUGUGUCAUCAUCAUGUGUUUCCAAAGUCCCCGUGAACUGGGCCAGCUCCUGUCGCUUGGAAAGUAAAGCCUUUUUCUUUUGAUCUGCGUGAACAGACGCAGCGGUGGAUGCGUGCUUUGCUGGAUGCUUGGUGAGUGAGUGAGCAAAGGAAGCAUUUGAAGACUUGGGAAACAGUUUGCAUCUCCUCCACUUUGUCAUCUGUGGGAGAGUCCAUGACCCCUGCUUUACAGUUCCAGUUCCCUACAUUCAAAGCCUUGAAGCAGAUGCAGUGCUGUUUUUUUAAAAUAUCUAUUUCAAACCAGUCGCACAGAUUGCUGAUGUGAGUACAUUUUCUACCCAGAUACGGGGUUAAAAUGUGCAGUUUUUUAGAAACAAGUUAGAAACAAAGGCCCAGCAGUUAUUGCCUCGACCCUAAAUGCCCCUUGAAGUUGGUGGUGAGUCAUCGCUUUGAACGGCUGCAGUUCAUUGGGGGAAGGUAUAUCUAAGGGUCACCCAAGGUACACCCAUCACCUUGAACUGCUGGAGUUCAUUGUGGGGGAAGGUACACCCAAGAAUUUGUGACUGCAGACUUAAAAAGGAGCUUGAAAUGAGAGCCAGGCCAUUAAGUGGGGAGAUGUCAGGAAGCAUUUCUUUAAAUGUAGGGAAGUGUGUAACUCCCACUAUCAAUGACUAAUGUUUUUGGAUGCUCUCAAUCACUUAAAAUCUCAACUAAAAAUUGAUAGAUUUUUCUUUUAACGGGACCAAAGUGGGUUUCACUUUCUUCAUUUAUCAGAUGUGAGCAUUGCUGGCCAGGCCAGUAUUUGUUGUCUGUCCCUAACUGCCUGUGACUGGGUGUUGCUCUGCCAUUUUGAGCAGGGGCGGUUCAGAAUCAAUCUCAAUGCUGUGGGUCAGAAGUCAAGUGUAAGCCAGACCGGGUAAGGAAGGCAGAUUUCCUUCCCUCAAGGGCAUUAGUGAACGAAAUGGGCUUUUACAACUAUUGAUGAUGACUUAAUGGACGAGGAAGUGAAUGGUCUCCCCUUGCUCAGACACUAGCUGCAUUAUUUGGUUGACAGAGAUGGGGGUGGGGGUAGAAGUCGCAGAGAGAGAGACUGAGCAAAAUGUGCUCUCCCUCUUCCCUGCAGGUCAAAAUGCGCAGUAAUCCAUUCCAAACUUGUGGAUCUAUGAGAUCAGCUUCCUGAAGCAAUCCCUAUUGUGUUGUUCCAAGGCCCUGAUUUUUUAACACUGAUGACUGAUUCAUCUGAAAUAGGAGCAGGAGAAGACCAUUCAGCCCUUCACACUUGCUCAGCCAUUCCAUCAGAUCAUAACUGAUCUAUCCACUGUCCCGUGUUUCCCGUUCCUGUCUACCCAUCGAUCAAUUUCUAUCUUGACUAUGUUCAAUGACUAAGCAUCCACAGCUCCCUGGGUAGAGAAUUCCAGAGAUUCACAACCUUCUAAGCAAAGAUGUCUUCCCUUCAUCUCGCUCCUAAAUGGCCUGCCCCCUCAGCCUGAGACUAUGAGCCCAUUUUUCCACAAUUCCCCGUCAAGUUUGGGGAGUCAGCUCUAUCCUACCAAGCCCUUUGGGAAUUUGGCCCGCUUGUGAAAAGAUUUGGUAAAAGGUCACCUUCCUUGUCAUCCUAAACUCCAGACCCACAGACCUAGUCCAGCAGGGAGGGAGUUGAGGAUUCAAUCACCUAUUAGUACAGUGGUCAUCCCAGAGAGCCACUUGGUGGAUGGGAUGUACCGUUGCAGAUUGCUGGCAUUGUCUGGCCUGGUUAGUAUUCUCUGCAUUUCCAGUGUGCCCACAUAGGGCAGGAUGCGAAAGAUUUUGGAGAAUGUAGAGUAAGGGCCAAGGAUUGGGGGAUUGGGCUUCAGUUCAUGGAGAAGCUCGAAUUGUUCUUCCUAAACCAGUGAAGGUUAAGAGGGGAUUUACAGCUGUGUUUAAAAUUAAGAAAGUUUUUGAUGGCAGGACAGGUAGAGCUGUGCAGCAUUCUAGGCUUCAUUAAUAGAGCCAUAGAAUGGGGGAGGUUAUGGUGAACGUAUAUAGGACACUGUUAGACCCCAAUUGGAGUAUUGUGUACAGUUCUAUGCACAACUUCAUAUGAAGGAUAGGAAUGCAUGGAGAGAGAGUGGAAGCAGUUUACAAGAAUUGUUCCAGGGAUAAGAAACUACAGUUAUAGGUUGGACAAGUUGGGACUAUUCUCCUUGGAGAGAAGUCAAAAGGGAGAUUUGAUAGAAGUUUGCAAAGUCAUUGGGGGUCUGGAAAAAGAGAGAAACUAUUCCCGCUUGUAAAAGGAUCGAGGAGCAGCGGGCAUGGUUUUAAAAUGUUUUGUGAAAGAAGCAAAUGCGAAGUUUAGAAAGAAACUUUCUCACGCCUCAAGAAGUUACGGUCUGGAUUCACUGCCUGAUGGAGGCAGGUUCAAUCGAGGGCACUGAGAUGGUUAUUUAAAUAGGAACAACGUGCAGGCUAACGGGGAUAACGCAGCAGUUGGGCACUAAGUCAGAAUGCAGAGUGGCAUUGCUGACACAUCAGGCCAAAUGGUCUCCUCUUGGACAGUAACCAUUCUACGGUUCUGUAAUGCUGACAGGGUUGACAGGGAAAGGAUGACAGGAUGUCGGAGGCUUAGUAAUCAGGGGGUGCUGAUCCAAGAUGAUCUGCAAAGGAACCAGAACGGGAGAUGAGAUGGCAGUGCCAUCUUGGAAGUGCUGCUUCAGAGAGUGGUGGAAGCGGAUUCAAUAGGAACUUUUGGAAAAAAACGGGUCUAGGAUUAAUACUUGAGGAGAGGGGGAGAAAAAUAAUUUGUAGAAAAAUGGCAAAAAGGUGGGGUGGGUUGGUGUUGCUGGGUUGAAUUGGACCCCCAGCAGAGGCACAUUGGCCUGAAUGACUUCUUCCAGAAUUGUAGGAAUGAAUAGCUGUUUUUCCCCCUCUGGUUUUGGGGAGGGAAGUGUGGAUUUGUAGGCAUUAAUCCCUGGAGCUUGUGAAAUAGACGAAAUACUGCCCACUUUGCUCUGAUGUAGCCAGCUGUCUACAGAUGCUGCAGAGUCUACCUGGAGGAGGAACCAAGGAAGGUUGCAGCAUUACAGAAACAGUUCUUGCCAAGGAGAUUUAUACACUAAAUAGGAGUAAGCUCUACACUCCCCUUUUACCUCGGUGUAAGAUAUACCUUCGUUUUGUAAAGUUAAUGUAUAAAGUUGUGUAAAUCCAAUUUGGAUGUGUAUCUAUUCUCAUGGAAUUUAGUUGAUUUUUGAAAAUAAAGAUGAGGAAACAGA